CCGAGUCCUCUAUCGCCGACAUGGAUCACCAUCCGAGUCUCUCAUCGCCAUGUCUGCCCACCGAAAUAUGCGACUACAUACUCGAUCACCUAUGGGACGACCACGAGACCCUCAAGGUCUGCAGCCGCGUCACGCGAGAAUGGCUCCCCACGACUCGGAAACAUCUUUUCUCUUUCGUCUUUAUCAUCAACCUGCGGGUCGUCACAUUUGCGGAAAUGAUUAUGCACUCAGGAGACGCGCUGGCGUUCUGCGUCCGCCAGCUGUUCUUGGUUUGGUACCUCGGCCAGCGUGGCAUUAAUCCCGUCCCAAAACCCACCUUCGUGCCUCGAAUGCUGGCAUCUCUCGGCCGGCUGGAGAAGCUCACCCUCCGUGUUUACAUGUUGGACAAUUGUAGCUCUUCCGCAGAGACUAUAACGUGGCCGAUACUGCCUGUGGUGAAGACUCUUCGCCUGCGCAUCGACAUCGUCAACGACGUCGUACGUCUGCAGCGAUUCAUCUGCGCAUGUCCCUCGCUCUCCUCCCUGAAGCUCUGGAUAACGCAAACCUCAAAGUGCGACAGCUCGCACACCCAUCCUACAAUGGUCAUCUCGAGAUCGAUAGUAAUCGAGACUUUUCAAUACCAUGUCUGCGAGUCAGACCCCAUACUGAGAUGGUUGCUGCAGGGCGGUCUGAAGCUGCGCAUACGUCGACUGGCAAUAAUUGUACCCGACCUUACUCCAACUCCGACCGCAGUCAAUUUUUUCAGGACAGGCGACGCCCAAGCCCUGUUGCGCGCAUGUGGUGAAUGUCUGGAGCAUCUUAUCGUCGAGUGGCCAGAAACGAUCUCUCCCGGUUCACCAGAUGGGCAACAAGCUUCGGCGUUGGCGCACAAUCCGAACCUAGUCUCGAUCUACGUGUCGAGCGUAUGGUGUGGUUUUUCCGUCAACGAUGGCUGGCUGGGCCUGUUCUCAGUCCUUGCCGAUAUCGAGCCAAUGCACACUAAGCUGCAGUCAAUCGACAUCACGUUAGUUGCGGCAUUCAAGCCGGAUUCCACAAUUUCGCUUUGUGAGCAGCUUGAUGCCGCCCUGGCGCGAAUUGCGGAUACCCACCCGCGGUUGAUCUUCACCAUAUGGAUAACCUGCAACCUUCGUAUACCCGCGCCAUGGCUGGCGGAGUUCGUCAAAGUGCUUUUGCAAGGCUUGGUCAGGGUGCAGGCGGGACCGGGCAGACUCUGUUUGAUGUGGCUGAACGGUUACGAUGAGAUCAGAGAGUUAGGUCACCGUACGAAACCGUCCUGGUAUUGGCAGUGGUGAUGCGGCAGGGCCCGUUCAUCCAACUUUCCUCCUUGGCAACACCUUCUAUGUACAUCAGUUUUUCGGACUUUCCUUGUUACGUGCUUCGGGCUAUCCGGUUCGUAGAUUUCAUCGACUUGCCUUCCACCUGUGCGUGAGUCGCAGGGCCUUGACCCACAAUUUUAAGGAAUAUUGUCGAUUGGGACAGCUUUUUCAUGCGAAACAGAUUAUACCAAAAAUUCUGGGAGAUUGCA